AUGGAUUCCAUUUUACAAGGGCUUGAUUUUGUCUUUUGUUAUUUAGAUGAUUUACUUAUCGCUAGUGACAACGAAGUUCAACACAGGCAGCAUUUAGAAAUAAUUUUUAAAAAGUUUAAUGAAUAUGGAAUUUCAAUUAAUUUGGCAAAAUGUUGUUUCGGACAAACAAAACUAGAAUUUUUGGGACACGAAAUUAGUACUGAAGGUGUCAGGCCGUUGCAAGAUAAGGUUCAGGCAAUUGUGGAAUUUCCGAAGCCGAAAACUAUUUCAGAGCUAAGACGUUUUCUCGGCAUGGUUAAUUUUUAUCGAUCUCAUCUCCCCAACGCUACUUUAUAUCUAACAGAAUUAAAUAAAUAUCUUAAAAGCUCAAAGAAAAAUGAUAAAACUCUUAUCGUCUGGAAUGAUAGUGCGAACGAAGCAUUUACGCAGUGUAAGGCAGGUCUCACACAGGCCGCUACAUUGACGUACCCUAGAGUGGAUUCCGCACUCGCUAUAAUGACUGACGCAUCUAAUACAUGCGUGGGAGCAGUCUUGCAACAAAAGGAAGGAGAUAUCUGGAAACCAUUGGGUUAUUUCUCAAAAAAUUGA